GAUAGAAUGAGAAACGUUGAAUAUUGCAAAAAAACAAAAAAGUGAACAAUUUUCUCAAGAUAAGAUGAACUAUUUCAAAAGAAGACAUUUUCAGUCCUGAAAAUCGAAGUAGAAAAACUUUUUUCGGAAGAGAAAAUAUUUUUUAUUCAAAAAAAAAAAAUGUCCACCAUACGAAUAGCGUGUAUUCUAAUGGUAAUAACCGGAACAUUAGCAUGGAUUCCCUACCGAAACAUUGAAUUUGUGUUGACUGAAAGUUUUCCAAAACAAUUGGAAGUGCGAAUAAAUCAGUCGUUGCAGGUGACUAAGCAUUUUUUCGAGCGAAAAGAAGUGGAAGUGACAGUGAUAGGUGAAACGAGAAUACUAAAAUUUGUGCCAUACAUCGCUCCAAUGGUGGCGACAUUGCCAGUUAUUCAGGAUGCAAUUGGAACCGAUUACCAAUGGAAACGGCGUUUAGAAUGGGGCAUAUCGGACGCAAAACAUCGAAGAGAAGCCGAACAUGAUAUGCUUGGAAUUGAAGCCUCGAUGCGAAUGAUUACGCGGAACAUUGCCAAUUUGGAUCCGAAUAAAAACUUUUCGUCCGAGAGUAAAAUGGCCAUUGUGCAUGAAGUUCAUACCGGUCUAUGUGACAUAGUCACUAAGUUUGCCCAAAGACAAUCUAUCUUUCGAAAGUAUCCUCUGGUUGGAAUGCCAAUUCUUUUGGCACUUUCAUCGUUCGUUUCACUGUUCGUGUACAUGGAAAGUGCUUUUGUACCCGAUCUUGCGAGAGGAUCACUGAUAUCGUGUAAACUCUAUAAAACUCUAUUUGAAUAUCGACCCAUUACGGUUGAGGCACGAUUGCAUCGACUGGAAAUCGUCGACUCAAUGGGUACACCGAUCAAUAAACGUCAACCGAUCAAUCAAGUGUUGUCCAAAAGUUUCAGCGAACAUUACAAUCAAACAAUGGAUAACGGAUCGAUUCGGUGCCGCGGAGGAUGUCGACCAUUCGAAGGAGAAUAUGUGUAUGUUUGUCUUAGAGAUCCGGUUGCGAGAACCGAAUACGAUUGUCACAUGCGCCACGAAAUGUACGGAUGUCUCUUUGGCUACAUGGAAUACGUUCGAUAUCGAGUCGAAAGCGCCUUUGCCGAUCCCAUAAAACUUGUUGGCAAAACGUGUUCCGAUGAAGCACGCAAUCAACCAGUUCAAUCCACUCCAACAGGAUACGGUUGGUGGACAAUUAUGAUUCAUGGCGCUGAGGCUCACACAGAUCUUUAUGGUAAUGUAUGUGAUGAUUGGGGUGCGUGUGAUGCUUACAUCAAGGUAUUUAUCGAUGGCAAAGAGGUUUUUCGCACCGAAUGCCGUGUGAACACGCACAUGCCCUAUUUCGGCGAACAGUAUCGAUCGUCGAGAAUGCACAAAGCAGCACGCAUUACCAUCGAAAUGUGGGACGAAGAUUCUGGUUGGAUGGGCUCACCUGAUGCGUUGAUGCUACGAUGGGAGACAACUAUCGAUCAACUGGUUAGCAACGGAAUCAAAUGGGGCGAACGAGGAUACUGGAAAAAUAAAAUUGUUACCGCAUCUUCAUGGAAGGACGAAUAUCCCGAAACAUUUCACCCAAUGAUUUUAACUUAGUUUAUAUGCUCCAUGCAAUGUUUUAUUAAUCACAAUGUUCAAUAAUUUACAAUAAAAUAUCCAACAAAACUUUGUCCUUGUACGUUUCAGUGGAACAGCACAUCUAUGCGUCCAUCAAACGCGUAGAUGUAGCAUUUCACUUAAUUUAGCAAUUCGGUAGUUGCCGAAAUAUCGUAUAUGAGUUCACUCUAUAUUUCAGGUGAAAUCCUAAUAUUCGAUAAGCCGAAGUAUGAUUUUGUUUACAUAGCGUAUGUAUGACCUAUGUUCACUACGAUGUCAAAAUUAAAGUAACGGAAAUGAUAAUAUAAUAAAACGAAUUACAUAGUAAUCCAAAUUUUUCCACACUGCAGCAAUUUUACUUUCCUCAUUGUUUGCUUGGAAAAUUUUACCCUUUGAGCAGAUGAUUACCUUUUAUAUUUGACCAUUUUUAAAUCGAUCGAAAUUUACGAUCGUUUCACACCGAAAUUGUGGUAUUUUUUAUAAUAAUUUAUACUUUUAUAAGUUGGUAGUUCUAUUCCAAAGAAUUUUACAUAGUUAAUUUCAUAAUUCAAAUUCUUAGACAAAUAGACAAAUUUCAGAAGUCCUAUAUACGAGUAAACGGCAAUAUUACAAGUAAAUUCAAUGCGGUGCCAAAAAGUGGCAGUUCGAAUAUCAUUUGUUUUUUGUACUUACAUUGUUGACACGCGAAUCUACUUUUCUCUGUUGACUCUGUAACGGUAAGACACACGCAAUGAACGCUGGGUUUCUUCUCUGUAAAACGGAUUAUAUACGUAAUCCAAACUUUUCGGUACAGCAGCAAUUUCCCUUACAUUUCGCUUUUUUCAUUAUUGAAAAAAGAGUAAUAACAUUUAAUUCUUUCAAUUUUAAGUUUUAUAUGUAAUGAAAUAUUGAUAUUUUCUUAAUACUAUGAAAAUCAUUUCAUUUUAAUUAAAAAAAAGUGACAAUAUUUAAUGAUUAAGGUUAGUUGGAAUUUGGGAACAAGGAAAUUCUCUGUUGCUCAAUCAUAUCGGAAUCUAUGUUUCUGUCUUCGUUGAUUUUGUUUCUCUCUAACGAUGAGAGGUGAGACACACGCAAUAAAUGCUGGGUUUUUUCUUCUCUGUAUUAGUUUUAAUAGAUUUAAAACGAAUUCGUUGUAAUUCAAACUUCCGUGGCGAAUUUACCUAUCGCUAUAAUGCUG